CAUGGAGGAGGGUGUGUAAUGCACUCUGCUUCUGUCCGUUUUCCCGCCUGUGUCACCCUUGUCUCUCUCUUUCUGUCUUUCAUCAUCUCCCACUUCGUUUAGUUGCAUUUUCGCUUUUCCUUCUGGCGAUGGUUUCCGUGGCCUUCGCUGCAGAGGACGGGCCGGCGGUCGAUGUCGAGUACCCAUCCGCUCCGAUUAUGACUGCUAUGGCGGAUACUGAGCAGAAUUCUCGCCUGCUUCAGGAUAAUCGUAGCUUUACGCGGUUAGAUGCUGAUCUUAUCAUUGCUGACAGAGUCGUGAUGACGAUAACCCCCGUGGAGCCCUUUCUGCCCUACAGCGGGAACUCAACAGGAAGGUCGUGUUUUAUGCAGCUUUCUGGCAUCGUAUUUAUUCCAAACUCCACUGUAUUUUACUUCGUUCUGUACGGAUACUGUAAACGCGGCGAGCCACUUCAAACGAUUCUCAGUCGCAUCUCGUUCAGGAAAGCAGAUCUAGGGCAGGUGAAUCGAGGGAUGAAAGCCCAUGUCGAGGACAAAGUGGUUACCUACUGGUGGCCGAUGUCCGAACUCGUAGGGCUGGCAGCGGCCUCGCCCUCUGUUACUUGUGCGUCCGCCACGCCAUCGCCGUCCAGCAUUCGCACAGAUAGUUCUCCUCCUACCUCAGAUUCAUUCCCCCCUCCCUCCCUCGUUGCGGGUCCGUCCUCGCCGUCCAUUUCUGCCUAUCCUCCGUCUAAUGCGGCCAGUCCUGCGGCCCAAGUGUCCAAAGAGAGCUCUUCUUCUUCCUCGCACUCUCGCAAUCUUGGGAUCAUGGUCGCGUGGGCGGUGUCAUCGCUUGCGCUCAUUUGCGCUAUCGCCUGCGUGGCUUUCUUCGCCUCCAAGGCCCGCCAGCAGCAACGGUGGCAGUCUGCUCCGAAUAGCGAAGGAUUCAAAAUGACGAAGACGAUCACUUCUCCUCCGUCAACGGCGAAAGCUAUCGACCAAAAGGAGCGAGAGGAGCCUCGACCAAUGGAGGUUAAGCGAUUCUCGCUGGCAGUGCUUUCUCACUGCAGAAGUGAUUUCAGCCAAAGCUAUCGUAUUGGGGACAGCGGGGCCUUCGGGGACGUUUACUGGGGAUCGAUCGGCGAAAAUCAGCAGCUGGCAAUCAAGCUGAUGUCGGGCAACCUUACUCCCGCCAAGCGCAGUAUGUUCCUUGCGGAGGUGAACACGUUGAGCAGACUCCAUCACGCCAACCUCAUCCGGUUGGUGGGGUACUGCGACCAGGGAAAUCGUUCCAUCUUGGUGUACCCCUACUUCCCAGGCGGCAGUCUGUACGCUCGCCUUCACACACGAGAGAAAGCUGUCCCCGAUAGACCCCUUCUCCCGCCUCUGACGCUGAUGGAGCGAUUGUGCAUCCCCUUGCAGAUCGCCAAGGGGUUGGCCUACCUUCACGACGGUGUCGACCCCCCGAUCAUCCACAGGGACAUCAAGAGCAGCAACGUGCUUCUGGGCGAUGGCACCGGGAAGAAGCUGCGGGCCGUUGUAGCGGACUUCGGUCUAGCAGCCAUCGGAGAGAGGGUGUUCGGGACAGAACGCCAGACAGUGGUGAAGACCUCGCACAUGGCGGGAACUUUCGGGUACAUGGCACCCGAGUACAUGCUGUCCGGGAUUGUGUCGGAGAAGAUCGACGUGUACGCUUUCGGCGUGAUCCUGCUGGAGCUGCUGAGCCUGACGGGGAGAAAGGCGGUGUCGCCGUCACCGUCUGGCGCGGGUUGGCAGACUCUUGUGGACUGGGCGAGACCUCGUCUCGGACGCAGGCAUGGGGCUGAACCAGGGGUGGUGCUGUACGAGAUACUGGAACCGUGCUUGCGAGACCAGGCGGCGGGACUCCAGUUUAAUCAGGCCAUGAUGGAGACAUUGCGCUUGGCGGCGGAAUGCAUUGUAGAGGACUACGAGUGUAGGCCGACGAUGAGCAUGUUAGAGGCCACGAUUGCCAGCCUGCUCAACGAAGCGAACGUAUGUUCGUGGCAGUAUUAGAUGAUGAUGAGAUGAUGAUGAUGAUGUUGGGCUGUCGACCGCCGAGGGGAGACGGUCCCUCCCAAGCAACAACGCCACGGUAUAUGGCCACGUUGUUGCUGGCGGAAAGGAGAAGAAAGGGGUAUGGGAACUAACAAAGCGGGCAGAAGUAU